GGCGGGGCAGCCGCUGAGAUUGGGGACUCGAAGCUGCCCGGGCGGGGCGACGGGGCCCCGCCCUUCUCCGCAGCAGGAGAUGCUUACGUAGGAGAUUUAACCCGCAGUCAUCAUAACGCUUCUCUGCUGAAGCAGUUGAUCAGGUACUUUGGAUGUGUUAGUUGCUAUGGGAGAUUGGAACACUAUUACAGUGCCAGCACUGUCACCAGAUAAUAAUAUUGCUUGGUAUACCUCAGCCAAAAAUAUGUCUCCCUCAAGCUUAAGUGUGCAGCAAGUGCUGCGCUCACCACUGCCUUCGUCCAAAAGUGUGCACAGCCUUUUCAGUGCCUUCUGCACAGAAGAGAAUGUUGAACAAAGCCUUGGCUACCUUAACAGGGAGCUGACCACACUUGGUUUCCCUUCGCUUUAUGCUGACUCCAAAGGUAAAGAGUUGAGUGUGGUAUCAGUCUUAAACUGUAUGAAUGAGCUGCUUCUGCUUCAGCGCAAGACUCUGCGAGCUCAAGAAGAAGCAGAAACUCAGCACCUGAAAUUGGGCAGUGAUAUGGACCAUCUGCAGAACUGCUACACUAAAUUGAAGGAGCAGCUGGAAACAUCUAGGAGAGAAAUAGUUGGACUUCAAGAAAGGGAUAGACAAUUGCAAUGCAAGAACAAGAAUCUGCACCAGUUACUCAAAAGUGAAAAAGAUGAGGUGCAGAAACUACAGAAUGUUGUUGCAAGUCGAGCAACCCAGUAUAAUCAUGAUAUGAAGAGGAAAGAAAGAGAAUACAACAAACUGAAAGAGCGCUUUCAUCAACUCCUUAUGAAUAAAAAGGAUAAAAAAAUGGCCAUGGAUGUCCUAAAUUAUGUUGGUAGAGCUGAUGGCAAGAGAGGUUCAUGGAGAACUGGGAAAACAGAAGCUAGGAAUGAAGAAGAAAUGUACAAAGCUCUCUUAAAUGAAUAUGAACAGCGUCAGAAGCAGCUUCUGGUAGAAAAUGCUGAACUCAAAAAACUACUUCAACAAAUGAAGAAGGAGAUAAUUUCUCUCCUUCCACCACAGAAACAGAAACCUAAAGAAAAGACUGAAGAUGGCAAUGGAAUGGUCCUGUCAGACGUGGAGGAGGAUGUUGCAGAAGCAAAUAAAGAGAACAUGUGGGAACUUUCUUGUGAAACAGUGCGUGAACAACUUGCUAACAGCAUUCGAAAACAGUGGAGAAUGUUGAAAAAUCAUGUGGAAAACCUUGAUAACCAAGUAUCACAUGUACAUUCUGGAUCACUCCAUGACAAAGAUACCGUCUCAAGAGAGGACCAUGAACUGGAAGUCGAAAGGCUACAGUCGGAAAUUCAGCAGUGCAAGGAGAUGAUAAAAACUCAACAGCAGCUCCUACAGCAGCAGAUAACUUCCCCAUGUGGUGAUGAUGAUACCAAUAUGUUGCUACAGGACUGUUACUUGCUGGAAGAAAAAGAGAGACUAAAAGAGGACUGGAAACUGUUUAGAGAACAGAAGAAGAACUUUGAGAGAGAGCGCAAAAGUUUUACCGAAGCUGCCAUUAGACUAGGACUUGAGAGGAAGGCAUUUGAGGAAGACCGUGGAGCUUGGCUGAAGCAACAGUUCUUAAGUAUGACUUCUGAUCAAAAUAAGACGGAUCAUGUGAAACCUCAGUGUGCCUUCUUGGGAAGUUCUGACUCAGAUAAUCUAUUAGCAAAUGCCAGGUCACGGCAAAAGAAACAGAACCACUUGUCCAAUGUCUCUAAGUUCUCUGAUGUUUGUCAGCCAACUCCGCAUAUCCUUGAGAACAGUUCAAGUGCCCUUCUGGAUAAAACACCGGAAGACCGAAAGCCAAGCCUGGUUAGAAGGGAGCAGUUGAGAAGGAUACAGUCUAGCAAUGCCAGCCCUGUUGCACAGGACAAUAUGGAUAGUCUCCGCAUGCUGUUCCCAGAAAAUGUACACACAGAGCACAUAGAUAACUUGCCUUAGAUUCUUAACCUUUCUCGCUCUCUAUUUGUUAAGCAGAUGUGUCCAUAAACGUUUCGACUUCAUUUAGCGAAACAGAGUGUUAUCAGUGGAAUUGAACAGUGCCAGUGAUAGCAAUUGUGCUGUAUGUGUGGUUUUUUUUAAUGAUUCUCCUCCCGUACUCCAAACCUUUCCUAUCUGUCCCCUUUUGAAAGUCGAUUAAAAAACAACAUUUCAUCCAGGUUUAUGCAUAUUCUUACAACAGAAGACUGAUGGAAUGUGUGAAUCUUCCGAUGAUGAAAUGUUUCAGCAUUGGUAAUUCCUUUUUUUUUAAGUUCAGGCAAAAGUAGCACUUUUAGCUCUAGUUUAUGAUGAAGGGUUCACUUGCGUCUCAAGUGUAAUUGGCAUUGAAACUUCUUUUCCUUAACUUGAAUGUACAGUAUAUUGUAGAUGAAUAACAAGACAGGUUCUAUAUUUAUUGUGUGAUUUCAGAUUACCUCUUUUCAUAUCUCUUAAAUAAAGCAAGGCCUUAGGUUUCAAAUAGAUGAGAUAUAUGAGAUAUAAAGCAUUAUGUGACAGUGCCAUGAAAUGAAAUUCAUGGAUCCAAAAAAAAACAUAUUUUACAUGCCAAUCAUAACUUGAGUUUUUUUUCAUUGUGAUACAAUGUUUACA